UAGUAUAAAAUAUAUAUUUAAGUAAUAUGGGUACAUGUAUAUAAACAUACAAUAAGUACCACUGAGAACAAGAACAGAGGAAAGAAGAAGAACAUUAUUUAUGGCUAGGUUAAGUUUUUUGAAUUUCUUCUCCCUCUAUCUCUCCUCCAUAUGGGCAAUCUACAAACACCUUUUUUCUAGUUUACUCAACACAAAUGGAGUUCCAAUCUUAGUCAAACUCAUGGAGAUUUGCUUAGGACUCUACUUCUGGUUCUGUGGUCUGUCUCCGUGUACCGUUGAUUUAGAUGACCAAACCACCAUGCACUUCUGGACCGUUAAUCACCGGCGGAAGAAUAAGCCAGAUCUAGUGAUGGUUCAUGGCUAUGGUGGCAAUUCAAUCUGGCAGUUUCUAGGCCAAGUGGGUCCUCUCUCUCAAGCCUUCAACUUGUACCUACCGGACUUGUUAUUCUUCGGCAAGUCUUAUACCAAAAGGUCCGACCGGUCUGAGGUUUUCCAAGCCAAAUGUGUGGUUGAAGGUUUGAAGAGACUUGGCUUAAACCGGUUCUCUGUGUAUGGUAUAAGCUAUGGAGGUUACGUGGCUUACCAGAUGGCUCAGAUGUGUCCGGACGAGGUUGAAAAGGUUGUGAUCGUGAGUAGUGGGAUAGUUUGGACAGAGGAUCAAAAACAAGAGCUGCUCCAUAAGAAGCAUGGGAGAUAUGGUUUGGAGAUUCUUUUGCCAGAGAAUCCUUGUGAUCUGCGGCUGUUAGUGAAUCUAUCAGUGUACAAGUUUAAUCCUCUUAAAUGGGUCCCUGAUUUUGUUAUUCGAAAGUUCGUACAGGCAAUAAUGGAAUAUCGAAAGGAAAAGAUAGAGAUGGUAGAACACUUACUCACCGGAACACUAGAUUCCAAUUUUCCAGUCCUAACUCAGGAAACGCUAAUAAUCUGGGGUGACAAAGAUAAUGUAUUCCCUUUAAAUUUGGCUUAUCAGCUACAUAGGCACUUGGGAUCCAAGUCGAAGUUGGAGAUUAUUAGGGACACAGGUCAUGCUGCAAAUAUCGAUUCACCAGAGAUCGUCAAUGCAUUGACAAAGUCAUUUGUUUCGACCCUACCUUAGCUUACAUAAAAGUUCAUCAGCGAAGCCUGUAAUGGUUUUAAAUUGUGACUUUGAACUGAAAUGAAAACAAAGGAAAUAAUUAAACUUUGCUUUGCAAA